AAAAAACCCAGUGUUACUUGCAAGACUGCCUCCUUUGAAUGACUAUGGCUAUGCGUUCCUUUGAAUGCCUCCUUUUUAGCUUUCUUGUGCUUGUGGUGGUAUGUGCCAAAGUUGGGCUUGGAACCACUGUGGGGUGCGUAGAGAGGGAGAGACAAGCUCUGCUUCGCUUCAAACAUGGCCUUGUGGAUGACUAUGGCAUUUUGUCUUCUUGGGACACAAGAGAUUGUUGCCAAUGGAGAGGAGUCCAGUGUAGCAACCAGUCAGGUCACAUCAUCAUGCUUCAUCUUCCUGCACCGCCAACUGAAUUUAAGGAUGAGUACAAGUCUCUAAGAGGUGAGAUAAGUCCUUCACUGCUUGAGUUGGAGCACUUGACUCAUUUGGAUCUCAGCUGUAAUGAUUUUGAAGGGAGUCCCAUACCUCCAUUCGUUGCUUCUCUCUCCAAAAUCCAAUACCUCAAUCUCUCUUAUGCCAAUUUCACUGGACGUCUUCCCAGCCAACUUGGAAAUCUUUCCAACUUGCUUUCCCUUGAUCUUAGCUUUAAUGAUUUUGAAGGGAGGCCCAUACCUCCAUUCCUUGCUUCUCUCACCAAAAUCCAAUACCUCAGUCUUUCUGAUGUCAAUUUCAUUGGACGUCUUUCCAGCCAACUCGGAAAUCUUUCCAACUUGCUUUCCCUUGAUCUGAGCUCUAAUGAUUUUGAAGGGAGACCCAUACCUCCAUUCCUUGCUUCUUUCCCCAAAAUCCAACACCUUAUUCUCUCUGAUGCCAAUUUCACUGGACGUCUUCCCAGCCAUUUCGGAAAUCUUUCCAACUUGCUUUCCCUUGAUCUCAGCUAUAAUUAUGAUUUGAAUUGUGGAAAUCUUGAGUGGCUUUCUCAUCUUUCGUCUUUAAGACACCUUGACCUUUAUUCUGUUAACCUUAGUAAAGCCAUCCACUGGUCACAAGCAAUUAAUAAACUCUCUUCUCUCAUUCACUUAAAUUUAGGAUUCUGUAGCCUCCCACCCCUCACUACUCCGUCUCUUUCCCCUGUUUAUUCAUUUGCCCCUCUUGCUUUCCUUUAUCUCUUUGGCAAUGAUUUUGAUUCUUCAAUAUACCCAUGGUUGUUCAACUUUACCACUACCCUUGUUCAUCUUGAUCUCUCUUGGAAUGCUCAUUUAAAUGGUUCGAUUCCAGACGCAAUUGGGACCAUGGUUUCUCUUACAUAUCUGGAUAUGCAUGGGAAUCAACUACAGGGUUCAAUUCCAGAGGCAUUUGGGAACAUGACUUCCCUUGAAUAUCUUGAUAUGUCUAGGAAUCAGCUACAAGGUUCAAUUCCAGAGGCAUUUGGGAACAUGACUUCCCUUGAACAUCUUGAUAUGUAUAGGAAUCAGCUACAAGGUUCAAUUCCAGAGGCAUUUGGGAACAUGUUUUCUCUUACAGAUUUGGUUAUGCGUGAGAAUCAACUACAGGGUUCAAUUCCAGAGGCAUUUGGGAACAUGACUUCCCUUGAAUAUCUUGAUAUGUCUAGGAAUCAGCUACAAGGUUCAAUUCCAGAGGCAUUUGGGAACAUGACUUCCCUUGAAUAUCUUGAUAUGUCUAGGAAUCAUCUACAAGGUUCAAUUCCAGAGGCAUUUGGGAACAUGACUUCCCUUGAAUAUCUUGAUAUGUCCGGGAAUCAGCUACAAGGUUCAAUUCCAGAGGCAGUUGGGAACAUGACUUCCCUUGAAGUCCUCUAUCUCGAUGCGAAUAAACUUGAAGGUGAGAUUCGAAAAUCCUUGAGCAAUUUAUGUCGUUUACAACAAUUAGAUACUCUGUCUCUAUCUGAUAACCAGUUGAGAGGAUCGAUUCCUAAUCUCACUGGAUUUUCAUCCUUGAGAUCGUUAUUGCUUGGUUAUAAUCAGUUAAAUGGAACAUUGCCUACAAGUAUUGGACACCUUACCAAACUUGAAGUGUUGCGUAUUGAUUCAAAUUCAUUGCAAGGCAACAUCUCUGAGGCUCAUCUCCUUCAUCUAUCCCAGUUGUUCUAUUUGGACUUAUCCUCCAACUCUCUCACUUUCAACAUGAGCUUGGAGUGGGUUCCUCCUUUUCAACUGACUUAUCUACAGUUAGCCUCCUGCCAAUUGGGACCUCGUUUUCCUAGUUGGCUUCAAACUCAAAAGCAGUUGAAUGACCUUGAUAUCUCUAAUUCUAGCAUUUCAGAUGUCAUCCCAGAUUGGUUUUGGAAUUUAACUUCCCUUAUUUAUCACUUUAAUAUUUCCAACAAUCAGAUCACAGGGACCUUACCCAAUUUAUCAUCCAAAUUUGAUCAAAAUGUUUACAUAGAUAUGAGCUCAAAUUAUUUGGAGGGUUCAAUAUCUGAACUUCCUUCUGUCUUGGGACUGUUGGAUCUCUCCAAUAACAAGUUUUCAGGCUCCAUUGCUUUAUUGUGUACCAUUGCUAAUACAUAUUUGGUCCGUCUUGACCUCUCAAAUAACUCAUUAUCGGGAGAGCUACCCAAUUGUUGGCCACAAUGGAAGAGGUUGACAGUUCUGAAUUUGGAAAAUAAUCAAUUUUCUGGGAAAAUUCCAGAAUCAUUUGGCUCCUUGCAAUUGAUUCAUACACUGCAUUUAUGCAACAACAAUUUGAUCGGAGAAUUGCCUUCAUCUUUAAAGAAGUGCAAAAGUUUGAGCUUUAUUGAUUUGGCAAAAAAUAGGUUAUCCGGAAAAAUACCCCCAUGGAUAGGAGGAAACCUUCCAAAUCUGAUGGUUCUGAACCUACAAUCUAAUAAAUUCAGUGGAAGUAUAUGUUCAGAACUAUGUCAAUUGAAAAAAAUUCAACUAUUGGACCUCUCUAGCAACAAUUUGUCGGGUACUAUACCAAGAUGUCUUAACAAUUUCACUGCCAUGACUAAGAAAGGGAGUUUGACCAUUACUUAUAAUUUUUCACUUGAUAAUUCAUUUAUGAGUUAUCAACCUCGGUCCUAUGUUGACAAGGAAUUCGUUAAAUGGAAAGGAAGAGAAUUUGAGUUUAAGAAUACUCUUGGACUAGUAAAGAGUAUUGAUCUUUCAAGCAACAAGCUAACGGGGGAGAUUCCAAAAGAAGUAACUGAUCUUCUAGAAUUGGUUUCAUUGAACUUUUCAAGAAACAAUUUGACUGGAUUAAUCCCUAUAACAAUUGGUCAAUUGAAAUCAUUAGACGUUCUUGAUUUGUCUCAAAAUAAGCUUAUUGGUGAAAUUCCAUCUAGCCUUUCAGAAAUAGAUCGUUUGAGUACCUUAAACCUCUCUAACAACAACUUGUCUGGUAUGAUUCCACGAGGUACUCAACUUCAAAGCUUCAAUACUUCUUCUUAUGAGGGAAAUCCUACACUUUGUGGACUACCUCUUUUGAAAAAGUGCCCAAGAGAUAAAGCAGAAGGAGCUCCCAAUGCUUAUAGCUAUGAAGACGGCAUUCAACAAGAUGGAAAUGACAUGUGGUUUUAUGUUAGCAUUGCUCUUGGAUUCAUUGUUGGAUUUUGGGGAGUGUGUGGAACUCUACUACUCAACAAUUCAUGGAGAUAUGCAUAUUUUCGAUUUUUGAAUAAAAUAAAAGAUUGGCUCUAUGUGACUACAACAAUAAAUAUGGCUAGAUUACGGAGGAGUCUUCAAAGUUAAAUGGGAUUCGACAGCCUUUCAUCUCAUAUUUUAGCAUGUUGUGGAGUAUUAUCAAAUGUGGAACAAAUGGAUGCUCGAAUCCCAAUAACUCUGUCCUCUUAACUUGUCAUCCUAUGAUUGACAUUGGAGUGUAAUAAGUUUCUUACUUUGUUUUGAUGAUUGCAUAUAUGCUUAAUAUGCUUCUUUUAUCUUUUGUUUAGAGAUUGUGGGAAUAUCAACUUAUUCUUCCUUAUA